AAAAACUGAAAAUCUCCUGAAGUCCGAUCUGGACUUUCAGGUCCUGGUUCUGGUUCUGGUUCUGACCGAGGAUUACAGGCUCUGAGAUGUUUCUGCAGCAGCAGCUGCUGGUUCUGGUUCUGGUUCUGGUUCCGGUUCUUCUCGGUUCCCAGCAUGUCUCAGGACUGUUGGUGGAGGUGUUUGAGGGGGCGGAGUCUGUCCAGUUGCCCUGUCAGGUCAAGGUUUCUCAGUCUAAUGGUUCUACAGCCGUUUGGGACCAAGAUGACUUGAGGAUCCCUACGAUCCAUGUUCGCCAGCCGGAUGGCGAUUACCUGAAGGACCAGAACCGGCGCUAUGAAGGCCGGACGGCCAUGAUGGAGGACGCGCUGCAGACCGGAGACCUCAGUCUGACCCUGAGGAAACCCACCUUCACCGACAGCGGGACCUUCACCUGCACCGUCCGCAGGCUUGGAGAAGAGCUGCACCAGCAGGCCGUGGAGCUGCAGGUCAAAGAAGCUCCUCCUCCAGUCUGGCCCUGGGUUCUGGUGGUUCUGGUGGUUCUGGUGGUUCUGGUGGUCGCUGCUGUUGGUUUGAUGUACAGAUUAAAAAAGAGGCUCACAGCAGUGCUUCCAUCUGAGACGGUGGAGAUCAGAGAGGGACUGAAGUCUGUCCUGCUGCCGGUUAAAACUCAGAAACGUCUUCACAGCGUCAGAGUGGAGUGGAGCCGUCCUGGGCAGAGGAACGUCACGGUCCAUGUGUCCCAGAACGGCCAGACUCAGUCUGAGCAACAGGAGGACGUCUACCGAGGACGGACCAAGAUGAAGACAGACCUGCAGGACACCGGAGACUUCAGCCUGACCCUCAGGGUCCCCCAGAUCCACGACUCUGGGGUCUAUGACUGCCUGGUCUCCAGAGGAGGAGAAAAGCUGCUGCAGAAAACUGUGACUCUCAGGGUCAAAGAGAGCCUGAUGGAGGAGGUGGAGGUCGCAGACAGAGACGCGUUUGUCCGUCUGCCGUUUCAAACCGCAGCUGACCUGCCUGCAGACAGCAAAGUGGUGUGGAGCCGCACCGACCAGCAGAACUCUGUCCACGAGUAUCAGAACCAUCACAACCAGCCAGACAGACAGAACCAGGAGUAUCUGAACCGGACCCAGAUGAGUCCUGAUGCUCUGAGGACCGGAAACCUCACCUGA